AUGUGUGGUGCUGAAAAUGAAUCUGUUUUACACAUGCUUGUGUCUUGCUCUGAUGUAAAAAGAAUUUGGUACCUUUACCCUUUACGGUUGGAGGUGGAUAAAUUUGAAGGUCCGUCUUUCGGGGAUUGGUGUGUUUAUGUUCGUGUGUAUUACAAAGACUCUCAUUGGUGGAAUAUCUUUUUUGCUAUGUUAUGGGGAAUUUGGUUACGUAGAAACACGUGCAGUUUUGAGAAGCGUAGGAAGAAUAUGGUUGUUGUUAUCCACAAUGCAGUGAGUUUGGUAGGUGAUUAUGAACAAGCUCAGGUGGUUGUGAGCUCGCCUACCUGUAACCCGCAGCAUUUGGAGUCUUUUUGGAAGCCUCCUGCCAAUGGGGUGAUAAAAAUUAACUCUGAUGCAGCGAUCUUUAGUGAUAACUCUGCGGGUUUGGGUGGAGUGCUGUGGGAUUCAGCAGGGGAUGUGGUGGUGUCUACUUGCCUUCAUCUUUGA